CCUCUGAGGAGCACGAGGACUGACCGCCGCGCGCCCCCCGCCCUCCCGCACCACCAUGUCUUUGGAGUGGCUGCCGGGCUGGAGCUGGUCCCUGGACGGCCUCCGGGAUUUCAUCGCUGCCGGCAUCCAAUCCUUCCGGGACUGCGACGCCGGCGCCCUGGCCGCCGGCGCCUGCCUCCUGCUCCUCUUCGUCUGGUACUGCUACCACGUGGGGCGGGAGCAGCCCCGCGCCUACCCCACCGUCAACGCCCUGAUGCAGGGCGCCGAGGCCGACGGCGUCCAGAACGGCUUCGUCUACUGCCACUCGCCUGAGUGCCUGCGCUGCGCCCACCACGACGGCCUCAACCAGAAGCUCUACCACAACCUGCAGGAGUACGCCAAGCGCUACUCCUGGUCCGGCAUGGGCAGGAUCCACAAAGGCAUCCGCGAGCAGGGCCGCUACCUCAACAGCCGGCCCUCCAUCCAGAAGCCCGAAGUCUUCUUCCUGCCGGACUUGCCCACCGCACCUUAUUUCUCCCGGGACGCUCAAAAGCACGACGUGGAGUUGCUGGAGCGCAACUUCCAGACCAUCCUCUGCGAGUUUGAGAGCCUCUACAAAGCCUUCUCAAACUGCAGCCUCCCGCAAGGCUGGAAAAUGAACAGCACGCCCAGCGGGGAGUGGUUCACCUUCUACCUGGUGAACCAGGGCACCUGCGUGCCCAGGAACUGCAGGAGAUGCCCACGGACGUACCGCUUGCUCGGCAGCCUCCGCACCUGCAUUGGCAACAACGUCUUCGGCAACGCCUGCAUCUCGGUGCUGAGCCCGGGCACCGUCAUCGCCGAGCACUACGGACCCACCAACAUCCGCAUCCGCUGCCACCUCGGUCUGAAGACACCCAGCAACUGUGAGCUGGUGGUGGGGGGUGAGCCUCAGUGCUGGGCUGAGGGUCGCUGCCUGCUCUUUGAUGACUCCUUCCUGCACACAGCGUUUCAUGAAGGUCCCCCGGAGGAAGGUCCCCGCGUGGUCUUCAUGGUGGACCUGUGGCACCCCAACGUGGCCGCCGCCGAGCGCCAAGCCCUCGACUUCAUCUUCGCCCCGGGCCGAUGA